CAUUAAUCACCAUCAUCAUACGUGUAACCUUUCGUUCUUCUUGUUAGUCUUGAGCAAAAAUUCUCAAAUGACUCUCUCUGCAUUUGGAUUUCCUUUUUACUUAAGUAGAGAAACUUCCAUAGAUUAUUGCAAAUCCACUUCUUUAUCUUCUUCUCAAUCUUUGGCUACAUAUCUUACAUCACUAUGCCGGAGAAGUACCAUUUCUCUUUCAAAAAUAAGGACAAGAGUAAAUGGCUCACUUGUAGAGAAGGGUGAAUAUGAUUCCAUUAGACCACCAACUCCUAUAUUAGACACAAUCAACCAUCCAAUUCACAUGAAAAAUUUGUCCAUCAAGGAACUCAAAGUUCUUUCGGACGAGCUUAGGUCUGAUAUUAUCUUUCAUGUUUCUAAAACCGGGGGACAUUUAGGUUCCAAUCUCGGUGUUGUUGAGCUUACAGUGGCUCUUCAUUACAUCUUCAAUACUCCUCAUGAUAAGAUCCUUUGGGAUGUUGGUCAUCAGAUCCUAACGGGGAGAAGAGAAAAGAUGAAGACACUGAGACAAACCAAUGGCCUGUCCGGUUUCACCAAGCGAGGAGAGAGUGAGCAUGAUUCCUUUGGCACUGGACAUAGUUCAACCACAAUAUCUGCUGGCUUAGGGAUGGCUGUGGGAAGGGACUUGAAGGGUAGGAAUAACAACGUGGUUGCAGUUAUAGGCGAUGGUGCCAUGACAGCUGGACAAGCUUAUGAAGCCAUGAACAAUGCUGGCUACAUUGACUCUGACAUGAUUGUGAUUCUCAAUGAAAACAAGCAAGUCUCUCUGCCUACUGCUAACUUGGAUGGACCAACUCCACCUGUUGGAGCUCUGAGUAGUGCUCUUAGUAAGUUACAGCCUAAACGUCCUCUUAGGGAACUGAGAGAAGCUGCAAAGGGCGUGACAAAGAAAAUUGGGGGAUCAAUGCACCAACUAGCUUCAAAAGUAGAUGAAUAUGCUCGUAGAGUGAUUAGUGGAACCGGUUCAACACUAUUUGAAGAACUUGGUCUCUACUAUAUUGGUCCAGUUGAUGGACACGACAUAGAUGAUUUGGUCACCAUUCUCAAAGAAGUAAAGAGAACCAGAACCAUAGGACCGGUUCUCGUGACUGAGAAAGGUCGUGGAUAUCCUUACGCAGAGAAAGCUGAUGAUAAGUAUCAUGUCGUUGUGAAAUUUGAUCCAGCAACAGGUAAACAGUUUAAAAACAUUGGUGAGACUCAGUCUUACUCUACAUAUUUUGCCGAGGCCUUGAUUGCAGAAGCAGAGGAAGACAAAAAUGUGGUUGCUAUUCAUGCAGCUAUGGGAGGUGGGACUGGUUUAAAUCUCUUCCAACGCCGUUUCCCUACAAGGUGUUUCGAUGUCGGUAUAGCAGAACAACAUGCAGUUACUUUCGCUGCUGGUCUUGCCUGUGAAGGCCUUAAGCCAUUUUGUGCAAUCAACUCGUCUUUCAUGCAACGAGCUUAUGACCAAGUUGUACACGAUGUUGAUUUACAGAAACUACCUGUGAGAUUUGCGAUAGACAGAGCAGGACUUGUGGGAGCAGAUGGUCCAACGCAUUGUGGAGCAUUUGAUGUGAUGUUUAUGGCUUGUCUUCCAAACAUGAUAGUGAUGGCUCCAUCUGAUGAAGCAGAGCUUUUUAACAUGGUUGCAACCGCUGCAGCUAUAGAUGACCGUCCUUCUUGCUUCCGAUAUCCUAGAAGAAACGGUAUUGGCGUUUCACUUCCUCAUGGAAACAAAGGUGUCCCUCUUCAGAUUGGAAAAGGUAGGAUACUAAGGGAAGGAGAGAGGGUUGCACUCUUAGGAUACGGAUCAGCUAUUCAGAAUUGUUUAGAGGCUUCUUCUAUACUUGAUAAACGCGGAUUAAAGAUAACUGUAGCGGAUGCAAGAUUUUGCAAGCCGUUAGAUAUUGCUCUCAUUCGCAACUUAGCUAAAUCUCAUGAGCUUUUGAUCACGGUUGAAGAAGGAUCUAUUGGAGGGUUUGGAUCCCAUGUGGUACAGUUUCUAGCUCUUGAUGGCCUUCUUGAUGGGAAACUCAAGUGGAGACCAAUGGUACUACCUGAUCGGUAUAUCGAGCACGGAUCACCACUGGAUCAACUAGCUGAAGCUGGCCUCACAGCUUCUCACAUUGCAGCCACCGUACUUAACUUAAUCGGGACACCUAGAGAAGCCUUGUUUUGGGAGUAAUGAGAUCUCCAAUAGGUGGCUAGUACACACACGCACACACAAAGAUUCUUAAAUUCUACAUGAGUAAAAUAGAGUGCUCUAUACACGGGAUGCAACAGAUAUAAUCGAUUAUAAAUGUUCA